AUGAUUGAGCAAGAGAGGCAAGGAAACAGUCUUUCCACCAGCUCCAUAGUUUCUCUACAAGACUGGUAUAAGGCCCAAAAGACCGACAACUACGAAUACGACCGUCUUUUGGAGAUAGUCAAGCACGAUUUGGAGUCUUUGGAGUUCAACAUCUACCACACUUGGAUGAAGGGAUUGAAGAAGAAGCUCUUCAAGAUGGGAAGUUACGUGCCUGGAAAGAUACGAGUGAGAACCCGACUGCUCACCAAGGAGGACGGCAAACCACCCUCCAACACCAAUAAUCUCAAGAAACUCAAUCUGGACGGAAGAUAA